AAUAAAAAAUAAAAUAGUCGGUCAUAUAAAACCCUCGUUUCGUAUUCUUGGUCGCAAGGCGGAAGCAGUGUUGCAGAGGCAGGUUACACCUUCACAUAUCAUCCAAGUGAUCUCUCUAUCUCUCCUGAGUUUCCGAUCUUAGCAUCACCCAGAAAAAUGUCCGGAGAAGAUGUUGUUGCAGAGACUUCUGCUCCAGCUCUAGGUGAGCCCAUGGACGUCAUGACAGCCUUGCAGCUUGUGCUGAGGAAAUCACUUGCUCAUGGGGGGCUUUCGCGAGGGCUCCAUGAAGGUGCUAAGGUGAUUGAAAAGCAUGCCGCACAGCUUUGUGUGUUAGCUGAGGACUGCAACCAGCCAGAUUAUGUUAAACUUGUCAAAGCACUUUGUGCUGAUCAUAAUGUCAGCUUGAUAUCAGUACCUAAUCCUAAAACUCUUGGCGAGUGGGCUGGUUUGUGUAAGAUUGAUUCUGAAGGGAAAGCAAGGAAGGUGGUUGGUUGUUCCUGUGUUGUUGUUGAGGAUUACGGGGAAGAAACUCAGGGUCUUCACAUGGUUCAGGAGUAUGUGAAAUCCCAUUAAGCUUACAGCUGAGAAUGAGGAUCUUUUUCAUCGAGGGGUUUUUUCUUUAGUUACUUUUGAGCAGUUUUUAUCUCCUUUUCUAGAGAUAUUAUACAAGGGUGCAUGGGAACACUUUUUAUAUAUCAUCCUGUCUUCUUAUUUGAAUCAUGAGGAGUAUUUGUCUUAUCAAUUGAAAUCUACUUGGAUCAUUUUUCUGACUCA